AUGCCUCUGCUGGCUGCUUUGGUCUUCGCCGGCUCGAUUUUUGGAUGCCGAAGUGCAAACUCUUGCUGGUCUGACGCCUUCAGUUUUGCCCGGUGUUGCCUGGUGGAUAAUGCAGAGUGCUGGGGUGGAACAUUCACCUACGAACGAUGCUGCUUGCAAGAGUCCUUGAUGUCAGAGGCAGAUGCUCGCGAAAUCCAAAAGCUUACCGACAGUACGCUGGAUUGUGGCUGCGCAGUGCCCGACUUGGGGCCACCAGCCUUUCAGGGUGGAUCAUUCACAUGGUGCAAGUAUCGUCAAGCAGUAAUGUUGAAUCAGGACCUGCGCCCAUUUUAUAUGCCCUUUCUGGAGAUCUCUGUGGCCACGCUGAGUGUUUGCCCGCUUGGGGCUCUGUCCAUGAUGCUCCUCGAUGCAUCGUUGAAGAUGACAAACUCGCAGGUGCCCCCGGACUUGAAGAAACUGCCGAGCUUCUUGAGGGCACAGGAGAUGAUGCAUCUGCUGCUGCAGUCGGAUUCCGUGUCCCUCAUCGGCAUGGCGACGUCCGGAUGGAUGAUCUUCAACCAGAUGAGUAACCUCCGUGCAGCCGUGCAGAGACGUUUGGGUGGUACAUGGGGCGAUGUUGCCCCAUGCCUGCAGCUGCCGGAAGCUGGGACCCAUGCAGCCAGGAUUUACCAGCUCGUCACUGAUGCUGUGAACUUCAUGCCUAUAGGUAUAACCAGCCUCCUUCAGACCUUGCUGGAUGCAAGUGCAUCAACCGUAACUUGCAGUCUGGCACGUGCUGGCCUGCUGUUGAUCGUAGCGCAGUCCAUGCUGCAGCAGACAGUUCAGCCGGAAGAGGAGGCCAUCGCAAAAGUGCCAGGAGUGCCACCCGGGCCUGGCAUGGAAGCCAGGAGCCUGCUGCGAACAGGCGAGGCCAGCCUACGUCAAGGGCUGGACUCAGAAGCCAAAGCCUACCGACUUGGAGUGCUGGGUGUUUUGAUGGCGUCUCCGUGGCCAAUCACCGAAGUCUUGGAUCUUCUUAGCUAUCCUGGCCGGCUGGUGUUGCCGGUCGCCAAUGCAAUGCAGACUCUUCUGGAAUUGCGACAGGAGCAUCCAUUGCUGGAGCGAGCCCUGACCGCGGCAAGUGGCCACAGCGGGAGCAAUGCGGAGCCCAGGAGCUACAUUUUCCGCGUGAACCCAUACCGAGAAAUGGUCAGCGAUAUGGUGCGCUACACAAGGCUUCCAUUCUGUGGCUUGCGGCCAUUUAUGCGGAUGGUUGCAGACAUUGCGAAAGACGCGCUCCAAGCGGGCUGUGCGACAAACGCUGCAUAUUUGGGUGAUGCAGAGACCUGCAAGUUCACCUUCGUCGAAGGAGGCCCUCACCUGGGCGACUGCGCAUUGUGGGCAUCCGCAAGCCUCCGCCUGGCUGGGGUGCAGACACGGGCUCUUGCCUUCGAGCCAUUACCCGAUGCAGCCACCCUUUUUCAACAGAGUGUAGCCGAGAAUGGCCUAUCUGCAUCUGUGCAAGUGCGCAAUGCAGCACUUGGGCAGAUGACUGGCCAAACGGAGCUGAUCCAUUUCCGAGGUCACAACGGUCAGGCAACCGUGAAUGACUACGAUUUCCCAUCGCAAGACAGACGUGAGGUUGUGACAAUACCUGCCGUAGAGGUGGCUUUGGAUGAUGAAGUACCUGCGAACUGGCCGCAGAUUGAUGCUCUCAAGUUGAGCGUUAACGGCGCCGAACGAAACACACUUGCAGGUGCCAGAAAGCUGCUGUCGAAGAAACGGGUUUGCUCUGUCCUCAUGCAUGCGACGAAAUGCAAGCGGGGCAGACGUCCGCCUUCCGAAGAUCCUGCUCCGAAUUCAAGGGCUUCCAAGUUUGCCUAUGAUUUGAUGACGUUUCUGAGUGAAGGGAACAUGGAUGUUUACGAACACAAUGAUGCCACCUCUGGACAAGGACGCGGGCGAGUUCAACGAGUUCGUUCCGCGGACGAGAUGGAUUCAAUCUUCGACCAUCCUCAGCUUACGGAGCAGGCCGGACAGUGGCAGCGCUUGAAUUUACUUGCAGUUGCAAGCCAGUCCUUCACAGGUCAUGCAUCGAAGUGGCAUUUGCCGGGCAUGGGCAUGAUUGUGCAAGGCAAUGCGAAGUGCACAGCCGGUUAUCCAGAAGGUGAAGCGACGUUGUUAGAAAUAUGGAAACUCUUGGACAGAAGGCCUGCGCAAUGUGUGUCUUGCGAGACCGUUUGGACGGGGGAGCACUUCUCCGACUUCUCUGUGCUUGAGGAUGGACUCAAGAAGGUGGUGAGCGGGGAGAAGGAUUGCUGGAGGCUCCUGGCCGAUGCCGCUGCUGACAACCAGGGUUGUGCAGCUGCAAUGGCUUCGAUGCUCGGGAUGGCCAUCGGUGACGCUGUGGGAGCUCCGUUAGAGUUCCUGCCGGUGAACCAGCUUCUCCCUGACCACCUCGGAGGGUACUCGGACGCGCGGCGGCCAUGUGUUCUUCCACCGGGACUGAAGGAGUUCGGUGACAAGUUGCAGUAUCGGAAUCCGUACAACAAAUUCCAACUGCUGCCUGGUCAGUGGCGAUGUCCUCAGCCUGGUUCAACCUCCUACAGGACUCCUACACGCUUCCAUUCGUGGGAGACAAGGACGGAUGACACGAGUAUGGCUCUCUGCCUUGCCGAUUCUCUUUUGGUUUGUCAAGGCUACAACGGAUCUGACGUCCGAGCCCGAUGGCACAUGUGGUGGUUUCAGGGCUACUGCAAUUCCUUCCGUCAUGAUGGACAUCGUCGCUACCGCACGUCAGUCGGCCUUGGGGGCAACGUGGCGAAGUCUCUAGCAGAGGUCGAACGGGUGGCUGCUCGCGACGGUUUGCAUUCCGUGCCUCCGAUAUACGGAUCAGUCACCAAUGACGCAGGCAAUGGCUCCAUUAUGCGUCUGGCUCCGGUCCCAAUUGCUUAUCACUUGAAUCCUGUCGAGGCUAUGGAAAAGGCAAUCUUACAGAGCCGCGCAUCGCAUCCCAGUUGUGAUGCCGCUGCCUGUUGUGCCUUCAUGGCCUUCUUCAUUGCAAAGGCGAUUCGUCUGCACAGCCAGGGCCUGUCACCUGCGCCUCAAGACUUCAUUGCCACUGUCAUUCCCGAAUUCCUCGCAAGCGGAUUUCAGGACUUGGCUGCUUUUCGAAACAUGGCGGGUUGUGGAAGAUCCGACGGGGUGAGCCGAAUCCGCGCGGUGCUGACCUGCACACCACCGAGCCCCAAGGAAGCUAGCUGGGACUGGAAGUCGACAGAGCUCCAGAUUUGGGAGGCCAUGAAGGAGCGCUGGAAGGACAGAAGGUACAACGGGCACCCAAUCAUCGAUACCUACUGGGGUGCGUAUUGCAUGGACGGCCUUGCAAUGGCGUUGUGGGCGCUGUGGCACACCGACUGCUUCUCCAGCUGCAUUCUGCGAGUCGUGAAUCUGCUUGGGGACGCAGACACCACGGGUGCGGUUGCUGGGCAGAUGGCUGGAGCCUUGUAUGGAUGGCAAGCCGUUGCCGGCGAUGAAUGGGGGCGCUCCCGCCUUUUCGAAGUGCAGCGUUGGGAUCCAUAUGCAGAAAUUGGUGUUCGAGCUGCGCUCCUGUACCAUUUGUUUCCGGCCGGAAGAGAGGUCCAACUGUGCCAGCGCGAGGGGCAUGCGACCAUUCGUGUCUUCGAUCAUCCCAGCGAACACGCCCGAUCACUUGUUGGGGAGAUCAAGUCUGAGACACGUGUGCAGCAAAGAAGCUUAUUCGGGAAUUUCGCGAAGGUCAUGGGAAAGGAUCUCUACGAUCAGGAUAUCUGCGGUUGGGUUGGCAUCAAGAACGUGCAACCAGUUGAUGAGAAGUGGGACUUCAGCGAAGAAGGCUCCGACGACAAUGCCCCACCAGAUGAUGUAUAUGCUUCUGCAGCAAGGAGUGCCAUGCCUCAAAGCACAGGGCAAGACAGAGGAUCCGCCUCAAGACGGUCGUUGACAACGCCUCCGUCUCCGCUUGGAGCUCGUGGCUACCCUGCCUAG